CAUCUUCAAAAGUCCAGCCAAUGGCGUGCUCAUCAUACUGUCCUUCAAUUUCUUUAUAGGUAAUGUCUGGUGUCUGUCUUAUUUAGAGCUUGGUAUCUGUAGUGUGACCUGUAAAUUAGGCUUACCAGUCACACCAGUUUGGCUCACCAGUAACUCCAAUUAGGCUCUCCAGAAUGACACCAAUUAAGCUCACCAGUCACACCCCAAAUAGGCUCACCAGUCACACCAAAUAGGCUCACCAGUCACACCAAUAGGCUCACCAGUCACACCAAUAGGCUCACCAGUCACACCAACUGAUUCACCAGUCAAACAAAAAAUGACACCAACUAGCCUCACCAGUUACACCAAUGAGACUCACCAGUCACACCAAAUAGGCUCACCAGUCACACCAAAUAGGCUCACCAAUCACACCAAUUGAUUCACCAGUCAAACAAAAAAUGACACCAACUAGCCUCACCAGUUACACCAAUGAGGCUCACCAGUCGCACCAAAAUUACAACAUUCUCACCAGUCACACCAAUUAGGCUCACCAGUCACACCAGAAUGAUACCAAUUAGGCUCACCAGUCACACCAAAAUGACACCUAUUAGGCUCACCAGUCACACCAAAAUGACAACAAUUAGGCUCACCAGUCACACCAGAAUGACACCAAUUAGGCUCACCAGUCACACCAAAAUGACACCAAUUAGGCUCACCAGUCACACCAGAAUGACACCAAUUAGGCUCACCAGUCACACCAGAAUGACACCAAUUAGGCUCACCAGUCACACCAGAAUGACACCAAUUAGGCUCACCAGUCACACCAGAAUGACACCAAUUAGGCUCACCAGUCACAUCAAAGUAACCCGAUCUACCCUUACAUAUUUGGACAAUAGAGUAACCCCAUCUACCAUUACAUGUUUGGGCAAUAGAGUUACCCGAUCUACCCUUAUAUCUGAUAAUAAUAAUCAUCUUCAAUCUGCUGAUAAUCAUCUUUCAGGUAUUAUUGGUGGCAUCGUGAUGGUUUCCCUCAAAACGACUAGUCCAAACAACACCUACCUGACUGUGUUUCAUUGGAUCUUUGUAUUCCUGUCACCAAACUACACGUUGAUGGCCUGCCUUUUGUCAUUUAGCCUUUUGUCGCAGAUGUCGUAUAAAGAUGAUGGUAAAUUCUCACAAUAGUUAUAACUGGAGGUAUCAUUGUGGUGGAAAGGGGAGGAAACUAUGUGUACUGUUCAAUCUAACUAUUAAAAGGCUAACUACUAGAAGCUAACUAUCAGAAGCUAACUGCUAGAAGUUAACUAUUAGAAGCUAACUACUAGAAGUUAACUAUUAGAAGCUAUUAGAAGCUAACUAUUAGAAGCUAACUACUAGAAGUUAACUAUUAGAAGCUAACUAUUUUAAAAAAUGGUAACUAUUAGAAGUUAACUAUUAGAAGCUAACUAUUAGAAGUUAACUAUUAGAAGUUAACUAUUAGAAGUUAACUAUUAGAAGUUAACUAUUAGAAGUUAACUAUUAGAAGCUAACUAUUAGAAGUUAACUAUUAGAAGCUAACUAUUAGAAGCUAACUAUUAGAAGUUAACUAUUAGAAGUUAACUAUUAGAAGUUAACUAUUAGAAGUUAACUAUUAGAAGUUAACUCUGAUAUACAUACAUUUAUGAUAGUUUGUCUGUCGAAAGGGGAUCAUGAACAUUUUCAACAUCGACUUGCUGCGGGAGCUGAAUCUGUCGGUGUGUAUGUAUACAUAGGGCAUCCUUCCGUCUUUGCAAGACCAUGGGUUAGCUAUUGGCACUUCAUCAAAUGGCUUAGCAAUGCUGAUGUCGAUCCUGGAAUGUCAGUCUUGGCUGCACUACUCACAGGAAAAUCUUGACUCAUGGUUAAAUUUGGCCUUCCAUACCAUAAUGCUCUUUUUGUUGUAAGGGCUUCCUUUUGACCAUCUUCUGCCUGUUUCGACUCCGUCAUGCACUGCUAUUCAGCAGCUGGAAUGGUGGUCAGUGUUGAUCUCCCAUUCCUUGAUUUCUAUGUCGGCUUCCGUCCUGUUGUUCCCUUUUGCAAACGUUCUUAAAUCGUAGCCGAGGCCGUCCAAAAAGUCUUGACUCCUCUAUCACCUCUCCAUAAAGUAGAUCCUUUGGAAUACUGUCGCCCUCCAUUCCCCUUACAUGCACGGCCUUGCCAGCUAAGGCACCUCUUUCUAAGAGCAGAAAAUAUGUACACCUUCGUAUCAGGCACAUUGUCCUGCCAUCGAUUUUGCAAAAUUAUUACCUAUAAAAUUAUUACCUAUUUGAAGUUCACUGUUAGAAGCUAAUAGUAAUAUUGAGCCAGGUCUACUAUUUAAGAAAACUAUUAGAAGCUAAUAGUAAUAUUAAUAAUAAUAAUAAUAAAGUUUAUUUGAAAAACACGCUUCAUCCCCAAAAGCUCAAAGCGCGGUACAAAGUCAACCAUAUUAAAAAGAGAAAUAAAAACUAUCUAAAAUUUACAUUUAAAAACAGGCGCAACAAUAUAAAACUACAUACGAGCAUACCAAGUCAAAGUCUUUCAUCCAGUUUCAACCAUAAGCAACACAAGCCAAUAUACAUGAACUGAAAAAGAUGGUAGAUAGCAUCACCCCAGAAGGUGUUUGCGAAAUAGAUGUGUUUUUAAAUCGGUUUUAAAGGACUCCAGUGUCUGGCUUUUUCUGAGAGCGACUGGAGGGGCGUUCCAAAUUGUUGGGCCGGCAAAUGCAAAAGUGCGCUUUCCGUAAGUCUCAAGGCGAACACACGGUAUCGAUAUUUUGCCACUAUCGGAUGAGCGGAGUCUCUAGUGGGUACAUAAGGCGUCAUGAGUACUUUGAGAUAAGAUGGCACCAGCUCAUGUAAGCAGUGGUAGCACAAAGUUGCAAUUUUGUACUCUAUGCGAGCGCGGACCGGCAGCCAGUGUAGCUCCCUCAGAAGUGUUUUAGCAUGGUCGAAUUUGCGUUUGCAAAGAACAAUGCGAGCCGCAUUAUUCUGUGCUCUUUGAAUUUUAUCCAGGAGCGUAGCUGGGAGACCCUCCAUUAGAGCAUUGCAUUAGUCCAUGCGUGAUAACACAAAUGCAGACAUCAGCCUCUUUGAUGCAUCUAACGUUAAGAAAGGUCUGAUAUGACUAAUCCUGCGCAGCUCUAGGAAAAUUGCCUUGCAAAGCAUGUUAAUAUGAUUUUCCAUAGUAAGUAUUCUGUAUAAAUAGACACCCAGGUCUCGCACUGUAUGAGCAAACUCAAUCUGCAUACCUGAGAGAGUAAGUGAUGUUGUGUGUUUUACAGAUUUUUGUUUCUGAGCAGUGGCAAUAGGGAUCAGCUCAGUCUUUUCAACAUUCAAUUUGAGCUUGUUUAUGGUCAUCCAGUGCUUAACUGACUCCACUGUCUUCUGUGUCGUACUAAGAAGUUGAGGGAACUGAGAGGGGAUCACAGAUUGAUGAAGUUGUGUAUCGUCCGCGAACAUGUGGUACAGCAUGUCAAAUUGCUUGAUCACUGCACCCAGUGGCUGAACGUACAUAGUGAAAAGCAUCGGGCCUAGGACCGAGCCCUGGGGUACUCUGAAUUCAAUUAUAGAUUGCUUCGAGGUAAAGCCGUUUGAAAUAACUGACUGGACCCGAUUUGUCAUAUACGAGUGAAACCAUCUUGAGCCAGGUCUACUAUUUAAGAAAACUAUUAGAAGCUAACUGUUGAAAGAUAACAACUUGAAGCAAAUUAUUAGAAUAAUGACAAUGAAAGACGUCAAGCUUAACGAUAACUGGUCACUAAAAAAUUGGACUGUCAUCUGCUUUCAGUGUCCUUCUCUACGCAGCUAAAACGAGAUACUUUGGGGGGUAGUCUCCUGGACCAGUUGAUGGCAUUUGGCGCAGUCUUCGUGGGAUCCUGGAUUGUGAUUGCAUUGACAGAAUACCGGGUGGACAGGAUCUUGUGGUAGGUGGUUCCUUCAUUGAAUGAAUACCGGGUAGACAGGAUCUUGUGGUAGGUGGUUCCUUCAAUGAAUGAAUACCGGGUGGACAGGAUCUUGUGGUAGGUGGUUCCUUCAAUGAAUGAAUACCGGGUGGACAGGAUCUUGUGGUAGGUGGUUCCUUCAAUGAAUGAAUACCGGGUGGACAGGAUCCUGUGGUAGGUGGUUCCUUCAUUGAAUGAAUACCGUGUGGACAGGAUCCUGUGGUAGGUGGUUCCUUCAUUGACUGAACACCGUGUGGACAGGAUCCUGUGGUAGGUGGGUCCUUCAUUCAAAAUAUUACAGAGUAGGGAUGGAUAUCAAAGCCUCUUUUUAGAAGUUUGGAUUCGAUUCGAUAACAAUCGAUCACUUUGUCGCGCUUAAAUUACAAAUACGUGGAACCCCGCUAUAACGCGAUGAUCGGGGUCCAUAAGAUCGGAUCGCGUUAAAAGUGGGGUUGUUUACUUUCGUCCUUAGCACAGCAGAAAUCCCUUUAUAGUUCUACCGGAAGAAAGCCUCAAUUUCAGCAUUAAUUUUGAUACAAGUUUGAACGUGGUGCGUAAAGGGGCUCAUUUUCUACGAUAUUUUGAAAAGCUAUGAUUUUUUUUGCUUUAAAAAAUGACUUUUUAAGCAAUGGAUAAAAUUUUCAAAGAACUUAGGCCUGAUGGAGUAAAUGAAUUUCAAGUUUCGGGAGCCAUGCUACAAACGCGUUAUAUCCGAAUACGCAUUAUGGCGGGGCGCGUUAUAGCGGGGUUCCACUGCAUGUGCAAAAGGAUGUUGGCCGGGGACGGGAGGAUGAAAAAAAAAAGGGCUGGGAUAAAGGAUGAUUGAAGAAAAAUCAUUUAUGUUUACAACAAAAUCAUUUUGCAAUUGAGUUUUCUAAUUUUCUUGACAGUAUAAGCAUUUCUGGCUUAGGUAGUGAAGUGCCACAUUCGUCAACAGUUUUCUAAUAAGUACUCAGUCAGUCAGUGACGUAGAAUUUUCUGGAGAGGGGCCAAACGAAGCAUAAAUCCAGGGCUAAUUAAGGUUAUGUAACGCACAGGGAGACAUGAUGCUUAAUGUUUACCCUGACAGGUGGUCUGUCAUCCCCCACCCCCAUCCAAUACCCCUCCCACCCAACGUUUGCCCCUUCCCUGGAUCAACCCUAGAUUCUGAAUUUAUCCCAAACUUUUUGGCAAGGGGCUCGCUGAGCCCUUCCCUAGACCCCUACCCCAUUUUGCUUGAGAGCCAUCGGUGCCCUCAAUUUCUUGCCUCCCCUCCCCCUUUCCCGAAAACUAAAAUGAUAUUAUUGAAACCUUUUUUUAGUACCAAAUAAAUCCUAUUGCAAUCCUUAUCCCUCCCUAUGGACCCAUUAGAUGAGUUGCCAUCCAGGGUUAAUGAGUCCCAUCCACUCAGGUUGCUGGGGUUGUUUUCGCUUGUCUGGGCUUUUGUUUGGGCUUGGAUGCCAGUCCACAAGUUUGGCGUUGACCGCUCACCCACCCAGCUCAUGACACCAUCCAACUAUCUGUACCUACCUUAUUACCCCAUUACAUGACACAAUCCAACUAGCUGUACGCACCUUAUUGCCCCAUUACAUGACACCAUCUAACUAGCUGUACCCACCUUAUUGUCCCAUUACAUGACACCAUCUAACUAGCUGUACCCACCUUAUUGUCCCAUUACAUGAUACCAUCCAACUAGCUGUACCCACCUUAUUGUCCCAUUACAUGACACCAUCCAACUAGCUGUACCCACCUUAUUGUCCCAUUACAUGACACCAUCCAACUAGCUGUACCCACCUUAUUACCCCACUACAUGACACCAUCCAACUAGCUGUACCCACCUUAUUACCCCACUACAUGACACCAUCCAACUAGCUGUACGCACCUUAGUACCCCGUUACAUGACACAACUUACCUCUUACCUACAGCAAGUGUAUGUAUAAGAUCCUCUGCAUUGUCAGACAGUUAAUGAAAAACACUGAUGCUUCAUUAGGUACAGACUGUGCAUGGAUAGAGUCUGUAAAUCAAACACAAGCAAUAGCAUCUCACGAGUUGAGAAGGGCCAGCUGCAAGAAGAUGAUGACGUACAGAGGGAAAGGGAGAGAAUUCAAACCACCCCAAUAGAGGACCUUUGCCGUGACAGUUAG